GCCGUUCAUCUCACUUUCUUCCUUUCGACUUCAAUUCUCCUCCUCCAUCUUUCUCUGCCAGAAUCCUAGGAAUCAAGACGUCCGGACCUUCUUCCGCGAUCGUCAUCAUAUCGGAGUGAUUUUGGACCUUGCUUACGGUCGUCACUAUGCGCCCUACAUCGCGAGCCCUUUCCGCUCGUCUACCGGUUUCUACGGUUUGCCAACGACCACUCUUCUUCCGUGCGGCAGCAACGAGGACAACGACGCCAACAACGCGGAAUGCUUCUCGACUCUUUUCCUUCCAAGCGGCACGCGCAAGUCCGGCACAAGAUUCGGAACCCAAGCCAAAGAUCCCCUACUCCGCCUUCAGCUUCGCGCACCUUGGAAUCAGCAACAAAUGGAACAAGUACAUCAUGAUCUUCUUCAUCACCAUGGGUAUCCUAGAGACCUAUCUUUGGUACAAAUAUCUUCUCGCUUGGUGGAAGGCUCGCAGCAACACUGCCAUUGACGGCCCUCAGUCCCACACCGGCAACUGAUGCAACACAACGUACGAGGUCGCCACGUUCAUUUCGAGCCUCAUGUCGCUACGCUGCAGUGAUGUUUCGCCAUUUAUGGGUGCCACAACAUUGUGUUGGUCUGUCUUGACUCGGCUUGCUGCCCCAAGAAGGCACUCGAAACGAAGCCCCAAUAUCAAGCGCAUCUCGAACGCAUUGUCAUCUCAACUGCAUCUACCGACUCGCAACCUCUCACCACUAUUACCACCUUUACUUUGAAAGAAGACGGUUUCAGGCGCGUGGAGAAACGUCGCAGUCAUCACCAUCAAUGUCACCAUCAUAGACUUGCUUGUCAUUAGUGUCGUUACGCAUGGACUUUGUUACCCCUCGGCCAUCCUUCCCAUCUUGAAGCCCGACAUCUUGCGUUUGACGAGCAAACAUUAGGCAAUUAUGCCAUGGCUUUCGCCCACAUUUCCAACAGAAGUGCGUCUUCUUGUACCGCAAAGACUCACUCAAGUCGGAUUUAUCCCCACGUUGUA